AUGUUCAACCUCUACAGGCUGCUGCUUGCCACGGGAAGAGUUCCUGUGGUUGCUAGGACAGUCUAUAACCACUCAAUAAAGCCCAUCAGAGCGUUUUCGGCGUCCUCGUACAACCUCUCGUCACCUCCAAUCGAUGAGAACGGACUCUAUUAUGGCAAAUUCACCAAGGAAGAGUACGAAAACGCCGCCAAGUACAUCAAGCUGCAGAUCGAAAACCUCGAAACCGAAAUAAAAGGUGAAGUCAACGUCAGAGACAACGUGGGCAAGAUGCCUCAGUUUCCUCUGCGAGACUCUGGAGCAAGCGAGGUCAAGAACUUAUCUGACUUGUUCACCCAGACCAUCAAGACCACGGGCCCCAUUCCGUUGUCUGCGUACAUGAGACAGUGCUUGACACACCCGGAGUUCGGGUAUUAUACCACCAGAAACCCGCUUGAUCGCAACGAAGGUGACUUCAUCACCUCGCCCGAAAUAUCGUCAGUUUUUGGCGAAAUGAUCGGCAUAUGGCUCCUCACGGUGUGGCAGCAGCAAGGCAAGCCGUCUUCCAUCAGGGUAGUCGAGUUUGGGCCGGGAAAAGGUACUUUGGUGCACGAUGUGUUGAAAUCAUUCAACAAGUUGGCCAAGUCCGCAGUCAGCAUCGAGAUAAACUUAAUCGAAGCGUCCCAUGUGUUGAGAAAGGAGCAGUGGAAGUUGUUGUGUGACCAGCCACUCGAGACCACGCCUGAAGGUUUCAACGUUUCCACCACCAGGUGGGGUAACUCCAUCAAAUGGCUCGACACCGAGAAGGAUAUCGCCCACGACGGGUCUGUAGCCAACUACAUCUUGGCGCACGAGUUCUUCGAUGCCUUGCCUGUCAAGGGAUUCAAGAAAACCGAGCACGGAUGGAGAGAAUUGGUGGUAGAGCACACUCCUAGUGUGGUCAAUACCCAGUCAACGUUGCCAGAACCAGAGCAGGCUGGAGCCCAAAAGGUAGACGAUGAAUUGUUGGAUACCCAGUUCCAUCUUACGGUCUCUCCCAAGGAAACUCCGUCGUCCAUCAUCCCCAAGUUGAGUCCCAGGUACAAGGACCUCGAGGUGGGAGCUCAAAUCGAGAUCUGUACCGAAGCUGAGUUGUACAUCAUGAAAAUGGCCCAGCUCAUCAACAAUGAGAAGAAGCUCGGAGGAGUUUUGGUCAUCGACUAUGGAGUGGUGGGGCAAAUCCCAGAAAUGACCUUGAGAGGGAUUUACAAACAUAAAUUUGUGUCGCCAUUUAUUAAGCCAGGGGAGGUCGAUUUAUCGAUAGAUGUGGACUUCGACAACUUGGUAGACCUCUCGAGUAAGUGUUGUGCUCCUUUCGGUCCAGUAAACCAGGGCGAUUGGCUCCACAAUUUGGGUAUUGGCUAUAGAGUUGACCAAUUGCUCAAGAAAAAUUCCGAAAACUAUGAAGAGCAAGAGAAAAUCUACAACGCGUACCAGAGACUCACUGGCACCGACGAGAAGUCCAUGGGAAGUAUAUACAAGUUUCUUUGUUUGAUGCCACACGGCUCGGAGACGCCUGUUGGGUUCGGGGGAUCUGCUUGA